UUCCCUUCUGGACAUCUCAGCGAUUCGUCAUGUCGGUCCUGGUGUUCGCGGGGCUGGCCUGUCACUCUGUACAGAGGGUGAACCUCAGUAUUGCAAUGGUUUGCAUGGUUCGCGCGGACAACUUUACCACUGUGACGUCAUCUCACAACAGCGGCGGCUCGGCUCACGUGACUAACGGCUCAACGACGACGAUGACGGUGAUGAUGGGCGAGGGAGAUUCUACGUCACAGUUCAAGUACGCCUUGAGUCCACAGGUGUAUCAAGACCUUCCUUCAGUGGAUGAGAAUCUCACAGAUAGGUCCCAGCUGGUGUUCUGAGUGAGCGUUAUGGGGCACGUGUAGUGAUAAUGUUCACCAUGCUACCGGUGGCCAUUCUCAACCUUGUGGCUCCUGUCUGUGCCCGGGCCAGCCCCUGGAUGUUGCUGGCUGACCGCAUUCUCAUAGGACUUUGUGAGGAUGUGAAGUUGGCAAUGCCAUCAUGUUCCCCCUCGGAGGCUACGUCUGCAGUGGUUUGGGCUGGUCUGCCGUUUUCUAUUUCACAGGAGCCUGCGGAGUUGUGUGGUGUUUGGUGUGGUGGCUAUGUGCCAGAGACUCUCCGGCUGAGUGUCCCCGCAUCUCUGCAGCAGAGAGGGAAUACCUGGCCCGCAGGGUACCUCAUCGGGAGAGCAAAACAAGAAAAUCAAUCAAGAUCCCGUGGUUCUCAAUAGUCACCUCUCUGCCAUUCCACGCCAUCUUGUUCACCCACUGCUGCUGUAACUACGGCUUCUUUAUGAUGAUGACACAGAUGCCCACCUACAUGAAGGAAGUCCUCAAGUUUGACAUGAAAUCUAAUGGUGUGUACUCUAUGCUACCGUACCUGUCGUUGCUAGUCUUCAGCACUACGGGAGGAGUGGUGGCUGACAAAUUAAUCUCGAUGAAGAUCUUGUCUUGUGUGUGGGCAAGAAAACUCACAACGAGUAUAGGAAUGUUUGGCCCAGCGGUGUGCAUGAUUGUGCUGACGCGGUUUGACUGCACACAACAAGUGCUGGCUGUGGUUGUACUUUGUCUGUGCUUAGGCUUGUCAGGCACAAUUUACUGCGGCUUCCUCGUGAACCAUGGCGAUAUAGCCCCACAAUAUGCUGGCACGCUGUUCGGCAUAACAAACUGUAUCUCUGGUGGCAUGGGCAUUGUCUCUCCAUAUAUUGUUGCCCUUGUCACAAAAAAUAAAACACAAGAGGAAUGGCAACUGGCGUUUAUCAUUGCAGCUGUCAUCUACGCCUGUGGAGGGAUUUUCUUCCUAGUAUUUGGUCAAGCAAAGGUUCAGAAGUGGGCAACGUCCACUCAAUUGGAUGUGGUGGAUUAUGUACCAGAGCCAGAGUCGGAAAAAGUGUUGUUUGGCAAUCCCUUAAGGAAAGGUGAUGGAGAGCAGGAACUGAUGCAGAGGCCGAGUGGAGUUUAAUGUGAGGGUUUGUGGGUCAGGGAGGGAUAAUUUUUACUCAGAGGUUCUGUAACCAUGUGGUUUGUUAUGUGCGGAAGAUCGGUCUUGUGUAUAUGGUCGACUACAGAUGAGUUGAUGUUGUCAGGGGAAUGAAAAAAAGAUUACUCAUCUGAAGUUCAGCUUAUUCAUUGAAACCACAAAAUGCAAGGGACACAACGAAACCUUUUUCCUUGCUCAGGAGUCUAAUUUUAGUAGACUACUGUGAUAGAAAUGAUGGCAACAGGAAAGGUUAAUGAGCAAUAUUUAUUCAUGUCAUUUAAAGAGUAAAAAUUCUAACUGGGACUCUAUACUGCAGAAAGUAAAAGUUACACUAAGUCACAAUGGAGGGUACAUUUUCAGCUGAGUAUGUUAUACCAAGGUUUCACUGUAUUACUCACUGUCUUGUGGUGCACCAUACCCUUUGGCUUUGAGGAGAGGGAAAGGAACAGGCGUGGUUAUUGCAUCGUGGCGUCAAAUACAUGUGAACACCCGCUCGUGUGCUCCCCUGUUUCAUUGAGGUAUUAAUUAUGUAGGCCUAUUUUUAGGCUUUGAUCAGCUCUACAAUUAUAAUUAUAUUUUUACUUGUGUAAAAACUGCUGUGAAACAUUUGACCUUACACAUUAAAACAAAAUCAAUACAACCAUUGCAUGCUUGCAGUCAGGGGUAAAAAAAGCUCUUUACCGUUUACGUCAAGCAUUUUUAUAGUUGCGUUGAAUUAAACUUAACCAUUUGAUUUUAACAAAUGUAAAGAAGAAGAGGGGCUGGAACCUGAAAAAAAAUCAACUUAACGGAAGAUCAACUCAAGCGAGUUCAACACAAGCGGAGUUGACUAUUGUUCAGGGAGAGAGGGAAAGGGGAACACAACAAGACAGACAGGUUAAGCGGUAGAUGGACAGACCGAAAGAUGGGUUGACAGAGAGACAGACAGAGAGACGGACAAAUUUAAAAAAAACAACUAACCACAGGGAAGAAAAGAAAAAGUUUCAAAAGUGAAAUUAUAAAGCAGAUGA